CGUCGGAGUGUCAACAUGCAAGAUGGCGGCCCAUCACCGGCAGAACACGGCGGGGCGGAGGAAAGUGCAGGUUUCUUAUGUUAUUCGAGAUGAAGUGGAGAAGUACAAUCGAAAUGGAGUCAAUGCGCUGCAGCUGGACCCAGCACUCAAUAGACUUUUCACGGCAGGUCGAGACUCCAUCAUAAGGAUAUGGAGCGUCAGUCAGCACAAGCAAGAUCCAUAUAUAGCAUCCAUGGAACACCAUACUGAUUGGGUAAACGACAUUGUACUCUGUUGUAAUGGGAAAACCUUAAUAUCUGCUUCUUCUGACACGACAGUAAAAGUAUGGAAUGCACAUAAGGGAUUUUGCAUGUCAACAUUAAGGACACAUAAGGACUAUGUAAAGGCCUUAGCAUAUGCCAAGGACAAAGAACUGGUAGCAUCAGCUGGGUUGGACAGACAGAUAUUCCUUUGGGAUGUGAAUACUCUGACAGCAUUGACUGCCUCAAAUAACACUGUCACAACUUCUUCUUUAAGUGGGAACAAAGAUUCCAUUUAUAGCCUGGCAAUGAAUCAACUGGGAACAAUCAUUGUAUCGGGGUCCACUGAGAAGGUUUUAAGGGUAUGGGACCCAAGAACAUGUGCAAAACUAAUGAAGCUUAAAGGGCACACGGAUAAUGUAAAAGCAUUGCUGUUGAACAGAGAUGGCACACAGUGCCUUUCCGGCAGUUCUGAUGGGACCAUUCGCCUUUGGUCCCUUGGUCAGCAGAGAUGUAUAGCAACGUACCGAGUCCAUGACGAAGGUGUUUGGGCUCUGCAAGUCAACGACGCCUUCACACACGUGUAUUCUGGAGGAAGGGACCGGAAGAUCUAUUGUACAGACCUAAGAAGCCCUGACAUUCGAGUGCUCAUUUGCGAAGAAAAAGCACCAGUUCUCAAGAUGGAGCUGGAUAGGUCAGCUGAUCCCCCUCCUGCAAUCUGGGUUGCAACAACUAAAUCUACAGUAAAUAAGUGGACGUUGAAGGGAAUUCAUAACUUUAGAGCCUCUGGAGAUUAUGACAAUGACUGUACAAAUCCUAUAACACCCCUUUGUACACAACCUGACCAGGUUAUUAAAGGGGGUGCUAGUAUUAUUCAGUGCCACAUUCUUAAUGAUAAGAGGCAUAUAUUAACCAAAGAUACCAAUAAUAAUGUGGCAUAUUGGGAUGUAUUGAAGGCGUGUAAAGUUGAAGAUCUGGGCAAAGUGGAUUUUGAAGAUGAAAUUAAGAAAAGAUUUAAGAUGGUGUAUGUGCCAAAUUGGUUCUCAGUAGACUUAAAAACAGGGAUGUUGACUAUUACUUUGGAUGAGAGUGACUGUUUUGCUGCUUGGGUUUCUGCAAAAGAUGCUGGCUUCAGCAGCCCAGACGGGUCCGAUCCAAAACUGAACUUAGGAGGACUUUUACUCCAGGCCCUCCUAGAAUAUUGGCCUCGAACACAUGUGAAUCCAAUGGAUGAAGAAGAAAAUGAAGUAAACCAUGUAAAUGGGGAGCAGGAGAACCGAGUACAGAAGGGAAACGGCUAUUUCCAAGUGCCCCCCCACACCCCUGUGAUCUUCGGUGAAGCUGGAGGUCGCACACUGUUCAGGCUGCUCUGCCGAGAUUCCGGAGGUGAGACUGAGUCGAUGCUUCUCAAUGAGACGGUGCCACAAUGGGUAAUUGACAUCACUGUGGAUGAUAAAUUCCUAGAAGUGGAAUUGCUGGAUCAAAGGAAAAAUAUGCCCAAAUUCAACAAAAUUCCUUUCUACCUCCAACCUCAUGCAUCUUCAGGAGCAAAAACCUUAAAAAAAGAUAGACUCUCUGCUAGUGACAUGCUCCAAGUCCGGAAAGUAAUGGAACAUGUUUAUGAGAAAAUCAUCAACUUGGAUAAUGAGUCUCAAACCACCAGCUCUUCUAAUAAUGAAAAACCAGAACAGGAAAAAGAAGAGGAUAUUGCUGUGUUGGCAGAGGAGAAAAUUGAACUUUUGUGCCAGGACCAGGUUUUGGAUCCAAAUAUGGACCUUCGAACAGUGAAACACUUCAUAUGGAAGAGCGGUGGGGACCUCACCCUCCAUUACCGGCAGAAGUCCACGUGAAGGGUGGGCGAACGAAUGCUCCUGGGUAUUCAUUUCCUCUAUGGCCCCAAGAGUAGUCCUAGGAAGCCCACUGAGCCCCAGCGGGAGCAAGACUUCUAACGGCCGAUUUGGUAUGGACCGAGAUUCUCUUUCAGUUGAAGUGACUACUCGAGAUGUAAUAUAGAAACCAGUCUCCUUGUGUAGAUUAAACUGUCCCCAGGGAGGCAGAGAGAGCAGAAGCGCCCCCAGCAGACCGUGUCUUAUGAGAUGUACAGAGAACUGACGACAGGCCAGCGCAGACUCGGCUUUCUCCUUUUAUUUCAAAGGACCUAAUCUUUGUCUGUUAGCACUUGUUAGGGACACGUCGGUAGGGCCACAUCUGUCACCGUGUUUCAACUUCAAACCCACACACUGUAGCUUUUCUAAGAGAGUACAUUCCAUUCACGCAGUACCUUUGAAGGCUUUUUCCAAGUUUGUCAUUAAAAAAAAAAAUUUGUUUUCACCAUUUAAGACAAUUAUUUUUAACAGGAACUUGCCGUUGCACAAUUCAAGAGUAAGCCCAUUUCAUAAUAAAUGAUUAUUGUUGGGCUUGUUUUUAAUGUUGCAUCUCAGAUGUGUUCUUGUGGAAGAGCUGGUGAAAUUCCAGGCCUGCACUUGGAUCCUAGCACUUGGACUGCCAGGCCAGAAUAUGCCCUGCCUGUGCCCAGUGAUGCCACGGCCCCCGGACCGUGCGGCAGCCACAGGGAGGUGCAGCGCUUUUACUGCCUCCUGUACUGUUGUUUUAUUUAUGGGCAGGGCUAGGUGACGUCACAGGGUGAGAGCAGCACGACACCAUCAAAACUUAAGCCCAUGAUGAAAUUUUAAUUUCAUUUAAAUGCUACCUAAAACUCCUGGUGUCAGAGUGAACAGAUGUCAUGGUGAGUUAAUUUGAUAUUCACAUCCUGGAGGUACGCAUACUUGUGUUUCCAGGGAUUUAUAUGCAGGUUUUUGUUGUACCUGUGUGCAGAUUUCUUUUCACUGUUCUAACGAUCUAAAGCUUUCAUAGAAUCAUUUGGAUCUUGUAUAGAACAUAACUUAUUGGGGAUAAACACUUCAACUUUUGGCAGAAAAACACACUUUGGAUUCUCCCCAAGGUCAUUUGUAUUCAGACCAGAACAGUGGUUCACCCCCAUGAAACUACAUGAGACAAGCCUCCUGUGUGAAGCCAGAAGCACAAGUGCCUUCAGAGGGCAGUUGAUUCCAGUCCAGUUGCCUCCCCAGCUGGUGUGCAGUCUGUCGCCACAGCCGCAGGGACUAGGGAGGGCGCAGGGAAGCUUUUUCCUUUUCUACAUCUUCACAGGUUCAGCUAGAGGCAGCUGAUGGGCCUGGGUCCAGACCUUACUGUUUGAGACAUUCUGAUCGCACAACUGUAGAGACAGGGUUCCCUCACUGCUGGUCAGCCUCCUUUGGAAAGUGGACAGGUCAUAGCCUCCGGCUCUUUCAAGAAGCGGCAGAGACAUGUCACGUCUCUACCGAGUCUUUCUCCCUUAUGCAGAGAGCAACCGGCUUCUUUUUUUAAAAAAUCCUUUCUAUCUGUUGGAUACUACAGUGCACUAUUUGGUGCACAUUUUUUAGCAAUGGUUGUGAAUUAAUGUCAAAAAAAGAAAAAGGAAAAAAAACACCUCAUUUACCAGCCAUCACUUGUGUUUGCAUGAGGGGCCCUUGGGCUAAAGGAAUGGGUUUUGCUGGGCCAUUCUGCCCUGUGUGUGGAGCCUCGAGGGGUGGCUGCGCUCCCUUCCUGCCCUAGAUCGGACCCCCAGCAUGGUUGUACUUUCUUCUUCCAGUCAAACCAGUAACCAUUUUCAGAAAAUUUGAGUCUGCAAUGCCAAAAGGGCAAAAGUCUGUAUUUCACAGUUGUAUAGAAUAAAGGCUUUAGUUAAAAUA